AUGAGUGACACACCUACACCACAAAUAAUUGAUCCAAACAGUGUCAUAGUAAAGAAAUCUUCAACAUCGUCCGAGAUUGAAGUAUUUCGUAAACCAUUGCCACCAUCAUUAAAACAUCAAAAACGAAAAAUUCUUGACGAAGAAAAAUAUGUACAAGAUUUGGCUCAUAUAAUUGAACGGGAUUUUUUCCCAAAUAUUAAAAAACUAAAGGCACAGCAGACAUAUCUCUCGGCAUUAGCCACUAAUGAUGUUGUGACGUUAAGAGAAUUAUACUCCAAAUAUAGUAUUUAUCGUGGUCCAUCGCCAUCUCCAACAAUGGGUGCAAAAGAUACACCGUCAAGUUCAUUUGAAACUCCACUGGAAAAAACUCAUGAUACUCCAACAACGCGAAAAGAUGAACAUCCAAAAGAACAUAUAGAAGAUGAAAAUAAUUGUGAUAAUGAUUCAGCAUCAACAAUCACAACGACAAAGAAAAAAAAAGCACGUGAUCUAACAUUGGACAAUUAUUUAAAUUUACAUACGAGUGAAGAUAAUGUAUCAUUUGAUCAAUUAAUGGAGGAAGCAGAAAAAAAAGAAAGAACAAAGUUACAACAGUCAUGGUUAUUUGAGCAGCAACAUUUAAAACAACUGGAACAUGAGACACAAGUGGCAUUACCUACGGUAGAACAACAGGCGAUCACGAAUAAUCCAGGGACGAUAGUAACAUGGCCGUACACUUCAAAAAAUGCUGUGAUGUAUUAUCCAGAAGGUGAGCUGUCAAAACUGCGAUGCGAACUGACGACAGCUGAAAAGAUUGAACAAGCCAAAUCUGUUCGCACUAUACAACAUCAUAAUACAUGUUUUGCCCAAGAUCCAUUUGCUGUAACAGAUUCAACAUCGAAAACUCCUGUAUCUCGUGCAAAAGCCGUUCAAAUUGAUAUUGACGGUACCGAAAUCAAAUCAGAUGAAACUCCUAAAGUGAAUGGUUAUGGAUUUGUUGUAACUCCAUCGCCAAUGCCUGGUCAGCACGGUGACGAAAGUCCUAUGAUGACAUGGGGUCAAAUAGAAGGUACACCGUUCUGUCUGGAUGCUGAUACGGCAACAAUUCAUGGACCAUCAUUUAAAAUUAAUUCAACACCGCUACGAGAACAAUUAGCGAUGGAAUUAGUUGAAAAGGCGUCACAACAACAUCGAAAACGAAAAUUAGAAGCAAUUAAAACAAUAAAUAAAAACUUCUUGACUACAACAAAACAACAAACAAAACAAGAACUUGUAUCAAAUAUGUCACCCGCAGCUCAACGUCUAUUAACAUUACGUUUAGGUGUGAAUAGAACAAAUUCAUCAUCAAUAAAUAGUCGAUCAAACAUAUUCACACCAUCACCAAUUAAUCGUUCAUCCCAUGGAAGAAGCCCAAGGACGCCUUCAAGUUUGGGAAUAAUAAAAAAUAGUCAGUCAUCUGUACCGAUUCAAGGACUUACGGAUAAUUUACUUAAUUUAAGACAUUGA